AUGAGUGGGAACGCAAGCCAAGCGCCGGGCCUGCGAUACCCGUCGAACAAAAAGACAAUAUACGACAGGAAUCUGAACCGUAGUAAGAAUGCGGAGCUUAGUAGGGCGGCGUUUGCAUACCUCUUCAUUGAGAUGAUUGCGUAUGCGCAGAAGGGAGCAAAGGAUGUGGGGGAUCUUGAACAACGAUUAAAUACCCAAGGCUACCCUAUCGGCCUGCGCCUCCUAGACCUCCUCCUCUCACGCACAGCCAACCCCCUCGCCUCGAUUCGCCCGACCCGUAUUCUGCCUCUCCUACAAUUCAUCGCGCAACAACUGUACCGCUACCUGUUUGGGCGACCAGCCGACGCAUUGGAAAAGUCCGGCACAGACCCAGGGCAGUACAUGCUCUUUGACAAUGAACCCAUGGUCAAUCAGUACAUAUCGUUACCCAAGGAGCUAUCGAGUCUGAACUGCGCGGCAUUCGUGGCGGGCAUAAUUGAGGGCGUAUGCGAUGGAGCCGGCUUUCCGACCGAGGGCGUCACAGCGCAUAGUGUGGGCGAGGAAGAGGGCAAGGACGGGAAGGGACUGUGGCCAGGGAAGACGGUUUUCCUGAUCAAGUUCAAGCCUGAGGUGCUGGAGAGGGAGGAGAUACUUGGGAGGGGCGGUGGCUGA